AUGGAGGAGAUUCAGAAGAUAUUCAGCUCAAGAAUAAAAAACCACUGCAUUGUCCUCAAAAUCAAAGAGAAUAAUCGGUUUAGUAAACUGAUUAAUAAAAUCAAUCCAUUUCAUUGCUCAGAUACUGAGCCUGGGACAUCUAUCCAAACAUUUGGAGAUCAUUGUAUUGUUUUGGAGAACUGCUUACAGGUUCCAGAUCUACUGCAGGAUGUGGAGAAUAUAGUGAAACAAAACAAUGGAGGCUGCUACUCAACCAUCAUGUACCUUCAGGCUCAAGUAGAACUGGAGAGAAACAAACACAAAGCUAAAAUAGAGGAGCUGAGAAGAUCUAUGAUAAAAACAAACGCAGGUGUACCACAAAAUUAUGAUGAUGAUGAUGGUAAUGAAGUGAGGAUUGUGAUGCUAGGAAGGACAGGUGUUGGGAAAAGUGCAACAGGAAACACCAUACUGAGAAAAGAAGCUUUUAAAUCAAUACUGACUCCAUCGUCGGUGACCAGAGAGUGUGACAAAGAGAUCUCCGAGUUCAACAGAAGACAGAUAACGGUGAUCGACACUCCAGGCCUGUUUGAUACUGGAGUUGAUAAUGUUGAGAGCAGGAAGGAGAUUGUGAAGUGCGUCUCAAUGGCAGCACCAGGUCCACAUGUGUUUCUGCUGGUGAUUCAACUGGGACGAUUUACUCAAGAGGAGAAAGAUGCAGUGAAGAUGAUCCAGGGGAUGUUUGGAGAAAGAUCCAGAAUGUACACCAUGGUGCUUUUCACCAGAGGAGAUGAACUUGAAACAACAAUUCAGGAUUUUAUUGAAGCUAAUGAUAGCUUACAGAACCUUGUCCAGCAGUGUGGUAAGAAAUAUCACGUGUUCAAUAACAAAGCCACUAAAGAUCAGAUGCAGGUUUCUGAGCUGCUGGAUAAGAUUGACUGUAUGGUGUCAGUGAAUGGACGGAGUUUCUACACAAAUGAGAUGUUCCAGCAGGUGGAGAAGAACAUCAAAGAGGAACAAGAGAGAAUCAUGAAAGAGAAAGAAGAAGAGAUCAAGAGAAAAGAAGAAGAGCUGAGAGCCAAAUAUGAAGCAGAAAUUGAACAAAUGAAGAAAGAAAAUGAGAGAGAAAAAGAAGAGAUGCAGAAUAAACUGAGAAAAAAUGAAAAGUUGUUUAAAAAGAGAGAAGAAGAGAUAAAGAAAGAAACAGAUGAGAAUGUGCGAAAAGAACUUCAGAGAAAACUGGAGGAGCAGCAGCAGAAAGAAUUUGAAGAGAAUAAAAGAAAAGAAAAAUCUUUAGCAGAACAACCGCAACACUUCAUAAAAUAUCUGGAAGAAAGACAUGAGAAAGAAAAACAAAAACUCCAGGAGAAAAUUCAGCGUGAAACUAGAGAACAAGCAGAGCUUGAAUACUGUGAAAAACUUAAGAAAGAAUUGGAUAAAGCUUUACAAGAAGCUGAAAUAAAAUACAAGGCAGAACAGGCUAAAGCUUUAAAAGAAGUUAAAGAAAAAUAUGAGACAGAACAGGCUAAAGCCUUAAAAGAAGUUAAAGAAAAAUAUGAAACAGAACAGGUUAAAGCUUUGCAAGAAGCUGAAGAAAAAUACAAGACAGAACAGGCUACAGCUUUACAAGACGUUAAAGAAAAAUAUAAGACAGAAGUGGCUAAACUUUUUCAAGAGGUUAAACAAAAACAUGAGACAGAAGUGAAUAAAGCAUUACAAGAAGCUAAAGAAAAACACGAGUCAGAAAAGGCUAAAGCUUUACAACAAAAUGAAGACAAAUACAAUACAAAAGUGGCUACAAUUUUACAACUGGCUAAAAAAAACCAAGAUAUAGAAGUGGCUAAAGCAAUUCAAGAAGCUAAAGAAAAGCAUGAGAAAGAAAAAGCUAAUGUUUUACAAGCAGCUGAAGAAAAACACUACAGAGAAAGGGUUAUAGUUUUACAAGAAACUGAAGAGAAAUACAAGAAAGAAAAGGAUGAAGCUUUACAUGAAGCUGAAGAAAAACACAAGAAACAAAAGGAUGAUGCUUUACAUGUAGUUGAAGAAAAACACUACAGAGAAAGAGCCAAGGUUUUACAAGAAACUAAAGAGAAAUUCACAAAAGAAAAAGAUGAAGCUUUACAUGAAGUUGAAGAAAAACACAAGAAAGAAAAGGCUGAAGCUGAAGCAAAUCUGUCAUACAGAGUAAAACGAGCUCGGGACUGGAGUCACAGUGUUCCUUUUGUUGGAGGAGCUUUUGGAGGUAUUUUUGGUACUUUUGAAGACAUAUUCAGAUAA